CCGCCACCUCUUCCUCUCGCUGCUGCCUGAACUGAAGCAAACUCCUCUAGAGGGAGAAGCAGGCGGCAGACAGUCACUCAGCGGCCGGAGAGAAGCAUCAGGGACCGCGCACUGUACGCACACAGCGGGAGAGAGGAGGCGCCGCCGCGCUGCCACAGUGACCUGGGGGAGAAGCCAGAGAACAGGAGGAGGAGACGGCCAGUGAUCAGACAGCGGCAGCCAGCACUGCUCCAGCCCGUCCUCUGCGACCCGCACACAGCUGCUGCUGCUGCUGCCGAGAGGGGAGAUCGGUGACACGGGAAGGAGGGCAGAAGCCCAGCGCGUCCUCUCGCUCUUCUCACGCCCCAUCUGCUCUCUUCCCCCCCCCCCCGGGCCAGCCUGCAGCCUCUCCGCGCACAGACUCCCAGCGCCCGGACCGCAGCGCUCCCUGUGUGGCAGAGGAGACCCGGGGGUGCUCGGAGAGAGAGGGGAGAGCUCUUGUCCCCCGCCCCCUCCCCCCGUUCAUGUGAGCGCUCCUGUGUUUGGACACCCGGGGGCCGUGUAAGGGAAAGUGCGGAUUGUGCAUCGGGCUUAGAAGUUUCCUCUCCCUGCUGCUGCGAGGAGAGCCCGGCGCCGCGUGUGGGGGUCUUCUCUCUCUGUACAGACACGUUUUCUAGGUAAUUACUUCCCCCUGAAAGAGUGGAUAAUGGUCGGGGAAAUGGAAACAAAGGAGAAACCGAAGCCGACACCAGACUAUCUGAUGCAGCUCAUGAACGAUAAGAAGCUGAUGAGCAGCCUACCCAACUUCUGCGGGAUAUUUAACCACCUGGAGCGACUCCUGGAUGAAGAGAUCAGCAGAGUACGAAAAGACAUGUACAAUGACACACUAAAUGGCAGCAACCCUGAAAAGAGAUGUACAGAACUGCCAGAUGGUAUUGGACCUAUUGUACAGUUACAAGAGAAACUUUAUGUGCCUGUAAAAGAAUAUCCAGAUUUCAAUUUUGUUGGGCGUAUUCUGGGACCUCGAGGACUAACUGCUAAACAGUUGGAAGCAGAGACUGGGUGCAAGAUCAUGGUCCGAGGCAAAGGCUCAAUGAGAGAUAAGAAAAAGGCCGUUACCAAUAUGCUAGAAUGCAGUAUGUUGGCACUAAACAAGGAGGAACAAAAUCGAGGUAAACCAAACUGGGAACACCUGAAUGAAGACCUCCAUGUUCUGAUCACUGUGGAAGAUGCUCAGAAUAGAGCAGAAAUGAAGCUGAGAAGAGCAGUGGAGGAAGUGAAAAAGUUACUGGUUCCAGCAGCAGAAGGGGAAGACAGUUUAAAAAAAAUGCAGUUGAUGGAACUGGCCAUCCUAAAUGGCACAUACAGAGAUGCCAACUUAAAAUCACCAGCCCUUGCCUUUUCUCUUGCAGCGACAGGUCAGGCCCCACGGAUCAUAACUGGGCCUGCGCCUGGUCUGCCUCCAGCUGCAAUGCGUGCCCCUACGCCAGCUUGCCCUACCUUAAUGCCUUUGAUCAGACAAAUACAGACAGCUGUCAUGCCAAAUGGAACGCACCAUCAGACUGCUACAUUAGUGUCCCAAGGACCGGAGGCUGGCUUGAUCUACACACCUUAUGAAUACCCCUAUACACUGGGCCCGGCUACAUCAAUCCUUGAGUAUCCAAUUGACGCCAGCGGGGUAUUAGGUAUGGCUUUCCCCACGAAAGGCUAAGAAUUCAAGAAAAUCUAAAUUGACCGUUCAAUGACCACCAGUUUUGAAUUUUAGCAAUUGCCUAGUUUCAGCAGUCUUGAUAAAAAAAAAAAUCUAUAAGAAAAACUUUGCCUAGCAGUCAGUGACUUUACUUGCACUUAUUUUUUUUUUCUUUUGCACAUAGAUCAAAUAAACCCUUGUAUGUUGAUCAAUAUUUGAUUUAGUCUAUUCGUUUAAAAAGUAGCAGUGAGUGUGCAGUAGAAUACUGACUGCUAAGUUUCCUAUUCUGUGCGCUUUACUAAUCACUUAUUUCAUGUGGUUCCUACUUACUGACUUAAGAUUUUAAAAAGGUCAAGUAAUUUAAACGUGUAAAACUGGAAUUGUUUAAUAUAACUGAUGUCAGUAUUAAAGUUAGAGAAAAAAAUUGCAUUCUUUAGCUUCAAGUAAAGCACUUCAAUGAUUAUGUGACUAGUAAAGCUUAUUUGUACUCUGGUCUAACAGAUUUCAGAGAUACAGCUAUUCAGUGGCAAGUGAAUGUAUUAUGAAGCCCUUCAGUGUCACUGGUGUUUGCAGACAUCAACAGAACUUAUGAGGCUGAACAGGUUAAGGCCAGAGGUGCGAUAUCAAAUGCAAUAUUAAUCUGCACACAUUUUUCAUAUAGCAAGGACUCAAACUACUGUGCCUUAACUUGUUGCUUUCUUAAAUAUAAAUCCUUUUUUGUAGCAAAUCAUGUCAAAUCCAGUUUUGAUUAAACCUACUGUUAAUGUGUUGUGUGUAUUUUUAAAUCUAUGUAUUGUUUUCUAACUUUGUCUUGGUAAUUGCAAUUUGACUAGGUGCGGUGGCAACUAAAGUUCGAAGGCAUGAUAUGCGGGUCCAUCCUUACCAAAGGAUUGUGACCGCAGACAGAGGUUAGUUUAGCUGUGUAGUUUUUGUUCUGAGAAAUGCUUUGUCUGGAAGUACACUUUACAACACCACAUAAUAAGCAACCAACUAUGCAGAGUGGGCAUUCCAGAAAUGAGUAACAAGGAAUCGUAGAGCGUGUUUCUCGAAAUACGACCCUAAAUUGUUUUCAUUUUUAUUUUAUUACAUGGUGACAACACAGUCUCUACUUUGAGAAAUUGUAGCCACUACUCGUGGUUGGUGUGCAAAAUUUAGUCUGGUGUUGCAAAGCAAGACAGGUGAAUGCUUAAAUAUAAAAGAACUUAAAAUUUAUUUUAUUUUGGCUGAAGAAAUUUUGAAUCCAUGAAUUUUUCUUGCACACCUCUAUGAAAUUACUAGUCGCAAAGAAAUUCAGAAGACACUUUGCAGCCAUACUAGUGUUGAAUUGAACCCCUUCCAUAGAUGAUAGUUCACGCAAUGCAUGCAAAAAAUCUUCCUUAUGUGUCCUUUAUUAUGUCCUUAAAUCUUUUUGUGUAAGACUCGUUUAGUAUAUGAGGGACAAUGCACAAUUAUUCAUAAUGCCUGGCCACCACCUUAUUUGCACACGUAAUCUAAUAUGAAGUGACCUUCUCAAACAUUUAUUUGUUAUACCUAGAUAAAUGCACUUCCGAUAGCCUGUUAACAGUUGUAAUGUGAUGGACAAUUAAAUAAAUCUAAAUCAUAUAAUAUACACAUAUAUAUUAGCACAUGUAAAGGAACUGCAGGAAUAAAGCCCAAAGAUUAACUGAUGGAGGUAUUAUAUGCUCCACUGUUACACUGAAUCAGAAUGUUGCUAUAUGUCAAACAUCAAAAGUACUGGUUUGAAUUAAAUUUCUGAUCUGGUGAAAUUGUUAAAAUGUGUAUCCCUUUCAUUCAGCCUAAGUAUAAAUUAAUGUCUAUUAAUUGUUUAAUAAUAAAUUAAAUACAAUAAAAUUUGCUUCCUUUUACAAUAUUUUAAUUUUAGACCCUAAUAAGACAAAUUUCUUUUAUAAUUAAGCAUUCUUGACUAUUGAUGAACAGUCAAUUGAAUAGUUCUUCAUUACUACACCAUGUCCUACAAUAUUCAGUUUCAUGGUUGUAACAGACAGACCGAAAUACUUCUUAUAAUCUGUUAAUGAUGUUGCACAGAUGUUAAACCUGUGUGUACUGUGUAUGGCCAGAGACUUUGCAGAGGAUAUAUCACUGGUAUGCCAGUAUGUUUUACUGCCUGAUCAUGCAGUAGUUCUGCAUGCAUAUAACCAAGUAACCACAUUGCUUGGAUAUUUUUAUCCAGUUACAAAGAGUGCAUUGUGAACAAUGUGUAUUAAGUAUAUUAUUAUACAUUUCUUUAGACUGUAUAAUUGAAUUGUGGUAGGAAUGAACCACAUUUUAUAUUUAUUUAUUUUUUGUUUUGUUUUUUCUGAAAAACAUUCAAAAAGCAUCCUGGUUCUUACAAAGUACUAAAGGGGAACACCACACAUUUCAAUGUUCCUAAGGGAUGCAUAAGAUACUGGAAGGGAAAUUUAGUAAUAUGAUUAAGCCAGAACGGUGUCUUUUCACUUUUCCCUCUUAUGAAGUUGACCAAUCGAUACGUGGUCUUUAAGACUAAGCUAUCUGUGAACCUACUGGAUUUCAUUUUACGAAAUGCCACAAAUCUGACUUUGCACUGAAUAAUUCUCGUCUAGAUCUCCUCUGCUUUAGUCAUAAUGGCAACAGUACAAAAUAAAGAAGAUUAAACCUCAUAAUAUAUAGCAAAGCUGUUGAAAGAGUCUUAAAAAAUACUACUGUUAAGUGGACCAAGUUUAGUGAAGGAGAAUGUGAGUUAUUUGAGGAAGGAAGAGCUUAAGAACACUGGGAAUGUUACCUUUCCACUUGAGAACUUUUUAUGUUUUACUGUAUUUUUAUUUUUUAUUUUUUUCAAAGAAAAUAGUAUUUACAGAUGGCGUAAGAAAUAUAAAAAUAUAAUGCAGGAAUGUAUAUGAAAUGUCAGAUUUUAUUGUAUUUGCAGAGUAUUAGCUUUGAAAUUAAAGAGGGCUGUUUGUAGUUAUAAAAUGUUUUAUUAGUGUAUUAGAUUAUUUGGGGGUUUUAUGUACUCCAAAUUCUAGAAAUAAAUAAAAGCCAGGACUUUUACAGUGUUUACAUACAAAUGCAUUUUAUAUGUGUCUUAUAUGUGUAAAUUAGUAUUUUCAACUGGAAAUGCUGCCAGUAGCAAUAGUGUUAGCCGAUCCUGGUUCACAUGAUGACGCCUACUGUGCUAGACCAGAGUUUAUUAUUGCUUUGUAUUAAGAGGCCAAGAUAUUUUGUGUUUGUAAAUAGAAAUUGAGCAAUAAAAGUUUAUUGAACAAAAA